CGCAGUACGCGAUCAUAAACUGCUUUUAAUAAUCACAACAUACAAUGCCACUGAAUGGAUAACAACUUAUUGGAAAUGCGGCGCAAUAUGGUAUAAUAUGCUUAUUUCAGCUGACCAACAUGUCAAAUCAACCCUUUACCUUCCCUCCUCCGCCGCCACCUCCGCCCAAACGAACAGCAGAAUCCUCCUAUCGAGAACACAAUAGUUUCCCGAAUAAUCGAGGCUCUUUCAGGGGCGCCGGCUCUUACAGAGGGGCUGGAAGAGGAGGUCGAGGAGGUUAUGGAAGCAAUCAAAAUGUACCCUUCUAUUCUUCCAAUAGACAUCAACAACCACAUUCGAAUAGGUCCUUUGACAAUAACGCACCUCGCAAUCCCGGGCCAAAUACUACACAUAAGAGAGACCACCAAACGGCUUUCAAUCAUGCGUAUCAACCAGGUCCGCGACCGACAGCUGCGCCAGCAGUCCCAAGUUUCAACGCUUCAAUCGAACACCUCCUCCCACGCAAGCCGGCAUCACAGCCUGCACCCCAGCCAUCUCCGCAGAUUCUAGAAAAGCCAAAGAAACAGAACCUGCUCGGCUUGACGCCUACCGGCCUUGACCACGAUUCAGAGCCCGAAGACGAUGAAGGCGAAGAGUGGCGGCUUGCCAGCCACACAAAAGUCUCGCACGGUUUGCAAAUCGAACACGACGGACAACAAAUUAUCCUACGAACACCGGCGGAAGUUGCGGCUUGGAUAGCGGAGAGAAAAAGGCGGUACCCGACACAGGCAAAAGUCGAAGCCGCCAAGAAAGAGGCCGAAGAGAAGAAACGGAAGCGACAGGAAGAGAAGGCGGCAAGGAUGGAAGCUGAACGACGGGCACGGGAGAAGGCAAUCGAGGCACGGAGGCUGCAACAAUCGGCAAAGGCGCAACAGAAGUCUCAGCAGCAGGACCGAAAUGUAAAGAAGUCCGAGGACAGCAACACCGACAUGGCGGCAAAGGCUCGACUGAAGGCGGAGAAGCUCAGAUUGAAAGCACUCAAAGCCCAGGAAAGAUUGGCCAAGGCAGAAGAAGCAUUACGGCUCACUCGAGAGACACCCGUUGCAGCGGCUACCAGCAGAACACUGGAGCAGCGUUCGCAAUCUGCAAACACUGACCAGAGGGGAGAACAGCGCCCGCAACCUGAGGCUACUGGUAGUACUUUAGAAUCAGAGCUGACAGAUUCGGAUGCUACUUCGUCUUCCGGUUCCUCCAAUUCAGGAUUGGACACAGAGGGUGAUUCGACAUCUGACAGUGCGUCCGAUUCUGAUUCUGCCCCAGAAGUCCUCAGUACGAAACGAGCCGCUCUUGAGCAUGAAAUCUCUGCUCCUCCUCCCAGGACAUUUGGUGCAUCAACUCCUCAGGUAUGCAGAGCAUUCGCCAGAUACGGUCGCUGUAAAUUUGGGUCGAAAUGUCGACAUUUGCACGAUAUUUCAAAACUCCCUGGCAGUAAGCGUUCGAAACGGAGCGUACUCCAGAGACCUGAUGCUUCAGGUUCAGGGAAUGCAAGGAGGAAGGGCCUGUGGCAAGUGAUGGUGGAGAAAGAGCAAGAAGAUGAAAGGAAAAAGCUGCUUGGAGCCAUCAUUACACUGGGAGAACGAGGUUGGCUGGACGAGCCCAGCUCAACUCUUGACAGUCAUGGAAAGGAUGGAGCUUCGAGGCCGAUGAACAUGGGGGAAGGGUUCACGUCACCCUGUGAAACCGCUUCGAGUGGUGUACCCCAAGCUUCAUAGUGAUAUACACCUGCAGAUAGCGGACGCCGCCACCACAGCAUAGAUGUCAUGCCGAGCAGAUUAGCCAAUCGAAUUGCUUGCUUUGA